AUGGAUGUUCCCCUACCUAGCAAGUUUAAAAUGCCAAGUGUGGAAGGAUACCAUGGUUUUUCCAAUCCUGUUGAUCAUCUAGACACCUUUAAAAUUCUGAUACAACUACAAGGUGCACCAUAUGCAAUAAUGUGCCAACCAUUUGCAGCCACUUUAAAAGGGAAUUAUAGGGCAUGGUAUCAAACCUUGAAGCUUCGUUCUAUCAUAUCUUUUUUCGAGAUGGAGCAACAGUUCACCGGGCACUUCAUCAAUAGCCGGAGGAUAGCGAAAACUUUGGCUCAUCUAAUGAUCCUUAUUCAAGGAGAAAGGGAAAUUUUAAAGAAAUUCAUGCACCGUUUCAUCAAUGCAACCCUGGAGAUUCGAAACUUGGAUCAUGGAGUAGUAGUAGAAGCCUUGACAACUGCUCUCCAGCUAGGGGAUUUCUUGAAUUCAUUGGGAAAGAAGCCCUUAACCAAUAUGUGA